AAAGGGACGGGAAGGAAGGAUGGCGAGACGGAAGGGAGAUGUAUAAAGGGUAGUAGGUAAGGAGGAAGACAAGAGAGGGAAUGGCGGUGAUAGAAGUGGAUGAUGGGGAUGGAACGGAGUGGAGGGAGAUGGAUGGACGUGGACUGGGUUGGACUGGGUUGGAUUGGAUUGGAUUAGGGGGGUGCGAACUAGCUGAGGGCGGCGAUAGUACCAGGUGUGGAUAUGAUGGUUGUAGGUACGUACUACGUAGUGGGCGGGCGUGGGUGUGGAUCCGGGAAAGUGCAGGCCAUGCAGAGACUAGGUAGGUUCUGUACUGUGCAGUGCAGCGUACAUAAGGGAGGAGCGAGUGAGCGAGCACCGAGGGAAGGUGCCAGGGAACGGGGCCGGGGUGCCGGGGACACGCAGCAACUGACAAUGACGGCGAGCUACG